AUGGUUUCGCCAAUUAAGUUGAUGAUUGGAGAGGAAGAAAAGUUCCAAGGAAAAGCAUUGGCGCUAUCCCAUACAAAGAGUGCAAUAAGUACGAUAAAAGAGAAAUUCAGUGAGCAACAGCUACGAACCUUCGAACAGAGUUGUUUUGGGCAUCUCCUACUCAUCGAGGACCUGAAGUGGACGUUGCCAAUUGUACACGGAUUGUUGCUGAGGAAAGCUGAUCCGAAGAUUGUUUCCCAAGUGAACGGGAUCAAAUUCAUUGUUGGCAAUAAGGUGAUCCAAUUCACACCCCAGCAAUUUUGUGUCGUCACAGGGCUAAGGUUUGGAAACCUUCCCUUUAUUCCGAUUCCCAGUAAUGACAACUGCUCAUUGAAAAGGAAGUAUUUUGGCAACAAUAAAACAGUGAGCCUGUUGGAAUUAGAAAAAGCCUUCCGCGACUGCGCUGAUGCGGAUGAUGCAUUGAAGCUCGGCUUUGUAUACUUCGCUGUGUUUGUGCUGUUGGGCAGUGAAAAACAUGUCCACAUUGACAUGCGAUAUUUGAAGUUGGCGGAAGACCUUGAAGAUUUUGGUAAAUAUCCAUGGGGUGCUGUGUCUUAUGCGAAGACAAAUGCGUCACUGCUGAGGGCACUGUGUGCAGAUUACCAGCGAGUGAAAGGGCCCAAAAAAGCUUCGAAAACAAAAAAAUCUGAAAAGCAAGUAAAGACAACGGCAACCGGUAGACCAAGAGAGUACCACCUAAAGGUAAUGGGUUCUAAAACAGUAAUGGGGGAGAGAGAGAGAGAGAGAGAAAUUGAGAGCUGCAUUGGAGGAGCUAAAACAUCAUUUGUUCAUAUAUUUUGUGUGAGAGAGACAGAGAGAGCGAGAGAGAGAGAGAGAGAGCAAAUUGGGUGGCUGUUCUGGGCGGCUGUGGGGAGAAACAUUCAAGGGAGGGGGUCAGGGGUAGAAGGGAAUUCAAGAAUAGAAAAUGGACAGAAGAUUUGGGCUUAUGAGGUAUUUCCAGCGUUGGCUGCACUACAUUUGGUGGUGCACGAACAUAAUGCCUACAUCCCUCGUAUACUACAUUGGAGGAGCAACACUUUGCCGCGUUUUUAUGAGCUCAUGAGCCAAGUCUUCGAAAACCGUGAGGUUGAUGUGCAACUUAUCCGGCCAUCUGUAAUUGACAAGCAGCAGCCGUAUUGGACUUGGGGUGACAGUGUUGACAACACUGAAGAACUUGUUGAGUUGGGUAAAAUGGCGUCCACUGAGUUACGCACUUUGAAGCGUGACUUUGAAAGGAUGAAGGAUGAAUUCGCCAAAGUUGCCAGUUCAAAUCGAGCGCUUCGCAACAGAGUGCAUGAGUUGGAAGAAAUGGUACGGAGGGAGUCAUCCAAAGUUGAAAGAAAUAACAAGUGUGUGGAGGAUUUGCGCAACACAGUGGCAUCAAUGGAGCAUUAUUUUAAGCUGGAGCUAGAGCAGCUGCGAAAACAAGAUGGUGGGGUGAAAGAAGCUGGGGAAGGACAUGAGGACCUCGUACUCCUCAUAUGA